AUGAAUACAAUUCAAGUUAUUUCAAAUAAUCCAGGUUCUUUAUUAGCAUUUACACUAUUAACAGCUAAUAAUUUAUUAACUUGUUCAACUAAACCUAUUAUUCAUGAUGGUAGACCUUUACCUCCUCUAAAAGAAUUUAUUCAACAUCUUUACAGCAAUAAUAAUUCAUCUUCAAGUAAAAAGUAUAUUCCUUGUUCUGUUAAAGUCUUUUCUUUAAUCUAUUUAUUAAGAUUGAAAUCAAAAUUACCAAAUAAUGCUCGGGGCGGAUUUGAUACCCCUUAUCGACUUUUAUUAGCUGCUAUCCUUACUAGCUCUAAAUACCUCUCAGAGACAGGUACCGGUUUAACAAGCAUGCAUCUAUCUCUAUUGACAGAUCGAAUUUAUACCCCAAAAGAAAUCAAUCGUAUGGAAAGAAGUUUUUUAGGUCUUUUAAGAUAUGAUUUGUGGGUUUCCCUAGAAGAUAUACAGACCUUUAUGAAAUUGUAUGGCGAUAUAAUUCAAGUAGAUAUUAUUACAACAAAACUAUUAAUACCAUCAUUCAAUUCUAAUCAUCAUACUAAUUCUGUUGCACGAUGUCUUGUUAAAAGCAAUAGUAGUAGUAAUACAACAGAGAUCAAUAACACCAAUCAUAUCAUCUCAACUACUACUACAAAUACUGCUAUUUCAACAACUAGUAACAGUAAAAACAACAAUAAUAAUACCGCUACGAAUACCGCCACUAUAUCUCCUCACCCUGCGUAA